CUAGCUUGACAUUGUUGUUGUUGUUGAUGUGUGAAUUACUUCACAGGGCUUUGUUGUUUAUUUGACUCUUUAAAUUAAUCAAAAAGAAUAGUUGCUGAGGCAUUUCUCGUGGAAGUUACAGUUGCAGUGGUUCCACUGGGAUGCAAGUGAUCAUGGAAAAUUCAGGCCUGGGGCGGCUUACGCAGAUGCUCAGUGAGGAUGGGCCAGAAGGGAAUUUGGCUAAAGUUCCCCAAAAAGUCGAAAGUCAACAAAGUCAGAUGUUAGGAGUAUUAAAUACAAAUAUAAGUCCCGUCACUCAACAUUUCUGCCUCAUCCUGACCCUUGGUCAAAACAAAUUUUCACUCUUCAGUUUUUGUUGGUGUUAGUGCAGCAUGAAUUCAUGAUCACAUGACCUUAGAUAUGGACGCAGUCCUGUCCGAGUUUGUUCGCUCGACAGGGGCUGAUCCAGGCUUAGCCAGAGACCUGCUUGAAGGUAAGAACUGGGAUCUCAGUGCUGCUUUGAGUGACUUUGAGCAGCUUCGGCAGGUUCAUGCUGCAAACUUGCCAUACUCUUUUCCAGAAGAGCGGGUUGCCAGGCAUGCAGAAAAGGAGAUACCUCGAAUUGGUCGUCCUGUACUACACAGGCAAGAUGAUAUUGUGCAAGAAAAGCGGUUGUCUCGUGGCAUUUCCCAUGCUAGUUCCUCAAUUGUUUCCUUGGCACGGUCGCAUGUAUCAAGUACCAGUGGUAGUGGCAGCAGUGGUAGUGAGCUACUCUUGGAUACACCAGUUUGCACAUUUCAGCUACCUGAUCUCACAGUGUACAGAGAAGAUUUUCGCAACUUUAUAGAGAGGGACCUCAUUGAGCAGUCCAUGCUAAUUGCCUUGGAGCAGGCAGGCCGUUUGAACUGGUGGACACGUGUUGGAGCAAGCUGUCAAAGCUUAUUGCCUCUUGCUACCACGGGUGAUGGAAAUUGUCUUCUGCAUGCCGCAUCAUUAGGCAUGUGGGGAUUUCACGAUCGAGAUCUCAUGUUGCGCAAGUCCCUCUAUACGCUUAUGGACAAGGGAACCGAGAAGGAAGCUCUAAAGAGAAGGUGGAGAUGGCAACAGACACAGCAAAACAAAGAGUCUGGACUCGUGUACACUGAGGAUGAGUGGCAAAAAGAGUGGAAUGAGCUGCUGAAACUAGCAUCCAGUGAACCACGGAUACACUACAGUAAUAAUGGCAGUAACUGUCCAGGAGCUGAACCGUCUGAGGAACCAGUUUAUGAGAGUUUAGAAGAGUUCCAUGUUUUUGUAUUAGCUCAUGUCCUGCGACGGCCUAUUGUAGUAGUGGCAGAUACAAUGCUACGUGACUCUGGAGGGGAAGCCUUCGCGCCGAUCCCAUUUGGAGGAAUUUAUCUGCCACUGGAGGUUCCAGCCAGCAAAUGUCAUCGGUCACCUCUUGUCUUGGCAUAUGAUCAAGCCCACUUCUCAGCACUUGUGUCUAUGGAGCAGAAUGAAAACUGUAAAGAGCAAGCGGUGAUCCCCCUAACAGAUUCUGAGCACAAAUUACUUCCUGUGCAUUUUGCUGUAGACCCGGGCAGGGACUGGGAAUGGGGCAAAGAUGAUUGCAACACCUCUCGUUUAGCCAGUGUACAACUGUCAUUGGAGGCUAAAUUGAGCUUGUUGCACAGCUAUAUGACUGUGAUGUUUUUGCCUUUGCCGUGUGAAGCUCAGCAAGCACCAUUGGCACAGCCAGAAUCCCCAACAGCUUCUGCAGGAGAUGAAAAUCGAACACCCCCAGAUUCAGGAGAAUCUGACAAAGAGUCAGUUUGCAGCAGCACGAAUGGCAGUGGAGGAGGAGGACUAGGUGGAGGAGGUGGUGGUGCAGAUGGUGGAGGAAGCAAAACAGGAGGCUUCUCAUCUGGAGCAAGCAGUUCCAGCAGUAAUAGCAGUUCAGGAAGUAAAGAAGGAAAGGAAGGAAAAAAGAAAGACAAAGACAAGAAGAGAGCAGACUCUGUAGCUAAUAAAUUGGGUAGCUUUGGAAAGAGCUUGGGCAGCAAACUGAAAAAAAAUAUGGGAGGUCUGAUGACAAGCAAGAGCAGUGGGAACAGCGUUAGCAAACAGGGGGGUGAAACAGUAGAGAAGAAGAAGAAAGGAUCUCUUAAAAGCAGAAAAGGUAGUAAAGAAGGCUCUCCAUCUGCACAACCUGGAGGAAAUAUUGAAACUGGUGUUGGACUGGAUAAAGGUGCUCCCAAUGGGCCAGCCUUUGACAACCAAACAGACCUGUAUAAGUACAGCAAUGAUGUUAAACUAAGUCUGAGCAUAUUGAGGGCAGCCAUGCAAGGAGAGCGCAAGUUCAUCUUUGCCAGUUUACUAACAACCAGUAAUCGACAGCCCUUCCAAGAAGAGAUGAUUCAAAGAUAUUUAGCAGAUGCUGAGGAUCGUUUCCGAGUAGAACAAGAGCAAAAGAAAGAAGCUGAAAAGAAAGGGCUACUUAUGACUUCCCAUGAGUCUAUUGGAAGGAAAGGGUCAGAGAUACAAGAGGGAACCUUUCGUUAUUUUGAUCCUAAAUGUGAUAUUGAUGGCUCAUCCCCUUCUCACCUUUCAGCAACUCCGGCAGGAUCGUACUUUAACCAUACUUUGAAGCCAUCUUCCUUUCCUUCUUCUAAUUACUCUGGAGUUUUAACUAUCCCCAGGCCAACAGUAAUUAGCCAGACUAACAGUGGGAACCAAGCCUCUCAGCAUCUACCACCGCCAAGUUAUAAUGAAACACGUCGCCAGGUUGCAGGUGGAUCCUCCUACAACAGCCUGCCUUCAUAUGCCACCCUCCCUAGGCCAUGUACACUUUCACAUAUGCAGUAUCACCCACCUGUGGGCAGUCCUGUGAGACUGAACCAGUUCUCAUCUUUGGAGCGCAAUGAAGACCCCCCAGAGUGCCAACAGCAAGAGGAGAGAGUCUUAGGGGGUGAGUCAAGUUACAGUAAUGGCUAUCGAGACACUAGGGUGGCUGGUGGCCCUUCUUUGGACAGAGGUGUAAAUACUGGAAGGCAUUUCUAUGGUGCUGUGAGUGGUGCGCAGCAGAAAUGCAAAGUUCUCACCUGUCACUAUUAUGGGCACCCAGAGACAAGCAACUUUUGUUCAUAUUGUUUCAAAGAGGAGAUGAAACGCAGGGAGAAGGAUUCCCUUAUUCACCGAUUCUGAACAUAGUAUACUGUAUUUCUGUUUCUCCUCAAAAAGCCUACUGUAUGGGGUGGGAUUGUUUCAAUGCGUGUUAACAUUUAAAACCUUAAAACACAUCCCUGCACCAUUCCACUCUCCUGCUUAGUAAAGGUCAGCUUUAAAAGUGAAGGGGAAUCUGGAAAUCGCAGACUGGAAUGAGAGGUGUGGCCAUUUUGCAUCCUUGAGUGCAGCACAGCCCAAGGCACAAAGGAGCAGAAGCCUUGGUGGUAAUCAAAGCACUACAAUGUAGUAGGCAUGACGAUGGGCUUAACCUUUUACCACACAAUUAUUUUAUUGUACAUGGAUUUUUUUUUCUGUUUUUGUCUUUUUUGUUUUUUUUUUUUUUGUUUUGUUUUUUUAUGUAAAAUUGAUUUGUUUUUGCACAGAAUUGUGGUCUUUGUUACUAGCAGGUUUGUCCUCAGUCCCAUCUCCAAAGUGAUUUGAAUGCAGCAUUGGCUGGUUUUCAGUUUUUAACUUUCUACUUAUUCUACAUUUGCCAAUUAGGUCAACUUUUACAAUCCUAGCAGAACCUGAACUUGCCCACCUUUUGAACAGAUUGUCUGCAUUAUAUUCCUUAUAUGCAAAAGCGAAUGUAUAAAGCUUCCCUUUUAAUGGCAACAGUUUUUAAAUCAGUUUUUAAGCUGUCUCUGUUUUUUUUAAAUUUAUGUUAAUGGGUUUGCCCGCUUUCUUUGUUUUUACACCAUAUUAACAUUUCAAAAUUUUUAAAACAGUUUGGCUAAAAUAUUUAUAUUUGAUGAAAAUAUAUUAUACUUGAACAGCCUGAAGAAUGGGAUAGGUUGUUCCUUUCUAGGUUGAAAUGUCCUAAAAAUGUGUAUUUAUAUACGAAUUAGAAGAUACAGGCAAUAAAAAAAUUGCAGAUGCAAAUAUGUGUAAUUUCCUCACCAGCAGAGGCAUCUGUAAUUCUCGUUAUAAAUAUUUUGGUAUCCCAGGGUUUAGGAUUUCUGUCUUCUUAAAGAAAGAGUGCACGGUUUUAUGUCACCAAAAUAGGUUUUCACCAAAGACAAUGAAGUUUCUUCACGCCCCAUACUGAUUUUAUUACAUAUUACUUUACAAUACACUAAUCAUUAGAGCAAAUCGAGUAUGUAUUUUUAAGUAGUUUGUGUGUGGUUUUUUUUUUUUGUUUUGUUUUUUUAACUCCAGUUACUAAAAUGUUGUAUCAAUGCUGGAAGUAAUUUCACUUCAUAAUACCAGGCUUCUUCCUUGACCAUCUGUCCUGGAAGUGUAAGAUUUGUGGGUAGACAUGGCUUACACUGAUGCAGAAGUUAACUUUUGCUUUAUGGAGGCUGAAUGGAGUUCUCUGCUAUUUCAAGUUGGGAGCACAUUUAUUACACUGGGCCAUCUCUUUGUGCGUUCUGUAAUAUCCUUAAUAUCCUUUAACAAAGGAUCAAAUGUAAUUGACAUGCAAGUUUAUUUAUCCACCAUGUAUUACAAUAUAGUUUGAAUGCAAGUGGCUAAAUGUCAAAUAAAACGUUUAUGUAGAUAUCACAAAAUUAUGAUUUAGUAACAGACACAUUUAGUUAUAAAAAAUAAAAGAAGAGCAGAGUGCUAGCUCUAAUUGCCUAGAGCUAUAGAUAUUAUAGGAGCUCUUUCAGCUCUGGCACAUUUGAAACUGCCUUACUGUUUUUGUUUUUUUCCUGCAAAAGAAGAAUCAGAACAUCACUGUGGCUUCAUUCAGAGUCUAAUUUGGAUGUAAAUGCAAUAUGAGGUUAUCAUUUCAUAAGUGAAAGUUUCACCUGAUUAUUCAACUGAUUAUUUCUGGAUAGUAGAAUAUUGCUAAAUGCAUCAAAAGUAAUCAUUGUCUCUUCAUUCAUUUAACAUAAGGUAUUCAAAGUAAUAUCUUUUAUCUACUUAAACCAGGAGUUUCUAACUCCAAGAGUGUCAAACUCUCAAGGCCUACCAUACUGAAUCGGGCCCUUUGACCUUUUUAAGGCUCCGUCAAUUUUAAAAACCUGGUACAUUCAGUCUGCAAGGACUGUUAAAUUUAUAAAAAGUAAAAAAAAACAAACUUUAAAUGUUCUUUUCUCACAUAGAUUGUUUUCCCAUAUAAUUUACAUUUACACUAGUGUUAAAAUGUGACUCCUUGUGUAUCUUGCAAAGCACAGCAUAUAACUGCUAUUAAGUUGUAGUUGGAAUGGAAAAUGGCUGCUCAUAUUGACCUAAAACCAUUAAGGGAUCAGAAGUUGACAUACCACACUGCCAUAAAGAACUUUAGUGAUUCAGUGUGAUGCCAAAGUUGUGACAGUCUUGCGAAGAAGGUGGUAGGUAAACUUUACACAUGGCACUACUGUGUUAAUUUUUUAGCUGCAAAGGUGUCAGGACUGGCCGCGAUUCCACACAUAACCUGCUGCUGCCACUGCCCUAUGCCAUUCUUUUAUCUUUUCCACUGAUUGUUGUAUGUGGAUAAGUAACCAUAUUUGCAUUUCUGCUUGUGUUAAAACACUUCCGUUUUUAAACCUCUUCAAAUGUGGUCUUUGUGAUCCAUCACUAUUGCAUUUACAUCCCUUUUUUUAAUGUGUUCAAGCAUUAAUUGUGACACAUGUUAAUGCAGAUAUAAACCGAUGUACUUUGCUUUAGUCUGCGUCUGGACUACCUCUCUUGACUUUAUGCGCUGACAUCUUUUUUUUUUUUCACUCAAUACUGAUUUUGGUCUCUUGGCCACUGUUAGCUUUCCUAACCAAGAAAAGAAAAAUGUAUAAUGAAGGAAGACAGUUUUAAGGGGCAUAUGAGAAAGAAUAGAUGCUGGUGAUUUGUUAAAAAAAAAAAAGUGGAGGUAGUUGUUUGUUUUCAUAUUACAACUUACAUUGGGUGUUUGAUUUAUUUAUUUUUGGCCUGCAAUAAAAUUGAGUUUGACACCCCUGUAGAAAAUUUUACCAAAGGAAAUACAUUUCAAUUAAGUAAAUUUCCUUAAAUCAAGCACUUGUUAAUAGCAUUUUAUGCAUUGGUUUUAAUUGAUCAAUUUAUUUAUUUCCCCUUUGGGUAUUUGUUUUUAUGCAUCAUUUCAUUUUACUGCCAAUCGUAACAGAGGAGAAAUGCAGUGUUAAUUAUUAUGGUGCUCUGAAUAUGGAGUAACUUUGCCUUCUCUCUCUCUCUCUCUCUCUCUCUCUGUAUAAAAACUUUCAUCUUUGAGUCUGUACCUUACACUGGUUGUGGGAGAAGAAAUGGCCCAUAUGUGUUUUGUUUUUCAAACUAUAUAAUUUUGUUUAUAAUCAGCAAAUGAUUGUCAUUUUUCAAGUAAAUGAAGACAUUGACACCACAUUGCAAUCAGACAUGUAUAUAAGGCUUGUGUUUUUUUAUUCAAGAGGAAAAAUUACAAGUAAAAGUUUAUCCAAAGUUUCCACCCUCUGCAUUAGAGCACUUUACCCACUACACUUAACUGUGAUGGAUUUAGCAUACCCAUGACUAGUGUACAUUUACACUGCCAUUACGGAAUGUGAAAAAUCUAUAAGAGGGCUAACUUGGGCUAUUUUUCCCAGGGUACUUGGCCUUAGUAUAUACGUAUUUUUAGCCAUUCUGUUGUACAGUGCAAAAUCUUCUUUAUUUUAACCCCUCAUGUUUUAAUUGUUCACAUCGCUAAAGCAAAGUGGGUGGGUAGGGGGUGGUGGGAAUGGGGUGUGCCUUAUUGCAUAUAAAGACACUCUUUCAUUUACAUAUUUGUUUUUGGUCAGCUUGAUUUGUGUUUUGUAGGUCUAUGCAAACUUGAUAACAAGCUUAUUUUGUGUUAUUCAAUAUUCAAACCUAUUGUAGCUACAUUAAGAAGAUGACAGUGACAGGAAAACAUGUUGUUUAAGAGCAUCUCAGCUAAUUUAUAUAUUUGCUUUUGAAUAGCCAUCAGCAUCUCAUACACACUUGUAAUAUUUUUUGCAUUUCACCUUGGAAAGCAAUAGUGAAGACUUGGAGUGAUCAGGUGCUGCUCUACAUUUUACAUAAGGGCUUAAUAGAGAAGACAUGACAGACGACCAGGCUUUAGGAACACUGUGCAGUCCAGAAAAAAGGGAAACAGUAGACAUGGAAUUGAUCUUACCUGCAGCAUAAAAACGUCAAAAGCUUUCUUUCUACUGCUGCUUUUCAUGCACUGUACUGUACGUAAAGCCUGUGCCACAAUCCAUUUUACCUUGUCAGUUUAUGAGCUGAAGGCUUGAGUGAUCUGGACAGGUUAUUGAAAGUAUGCAGACAUUUUUACAUUAUGAAAACAUGACUACUUCACAUUUCCUUCCUGUAUUUAAUGUUGCAGUUUCUCUGCAUGUAGUCAGGUUUAUAUAGAAUUAUAUUUUCAUUGUAGUCAUUUGUUGCAUUAUGAGUAUACCUUUUAGGUAUUCUCACAUCCUAUGCAGGGUUAGAUGUAUGCUGCAUGACUUGCUUGUCCUUAGUAAAUGGUCAACAGGGUAUUUUAUCUCCGCUUAUGAUUUGGAGAGUGACAGGUAGGAAUGUAGUCAAUGUCUCUUAAGAAGUUUAGUGUUACUAAUGAGAAUCCAAUUUCUGAAAUCUGACAGGCAAUAAACUGAAAUAGUUAAUGGACAGAACUCAUUUUGUAGUGCUGGGAAGGUUGUUUUCAAUAGCAAAUCUCAAAGAUGGCUACACACAUGAAAAUGAAUGAUGUUACUUUACCAUCCAAUGCUAAUUAUUUGGUUAUCAAUUACUGUUCUUUCUAGAAUUGCACUGUUUAUCCUGCUGUGCAAUAAUUUAGGAAAUACACUGUUACAGAAGGCAAUAUGUUGAAUAAAAGUGGAGUUUUAGGAAUCCAAACUUGAGCGAUUGUCUGUUGUUCUAAAACUGUGACCGAAUGGCCAGUUGAAGUAGUUUAAGUCCAAGCAAAAAGGUGAUGGUUAGGAUAGUCUUUUGGAAAAGAACUGAGCCAAUGUCUCGUUUACCUAGCAUCUAAGCAGACUUGAUAUAAAUUAAAUAUACCAGGAAACUGGUGGUUUUUAUUUGUAUUGGAUACAUUUUUGUAAGAAACAGAAAAUAUUAGUAAGUAAAUUAUCUUAACCUCACAGCUCUUAUACCACAUAUUGUUCCAUCUAGAGAGUUAGGUCAAACAAGAUUUAAAAAAAAAAACAAAAAAACUUGAUGUUACAAAUAUUUGAAGGUGAUUGAUCUGCUCCCAGUUAAUAAUUCCAAGAUAUUUUAAGUACUUCAGGAUAUCAGUUUACAUUAAUUUAUCUGAAUAAGUUAUAGAUAGAUGAUGCUUUAUGUAUCCUCAAGGAAAAGGUAAAAAUUUUCAGGUUCAAUAAAACCCCCAAAAACAAACAGAGGAACUUCUGGCUUGGAUAAUAUAGAGUGGCUGUUGUCAAUAACAUCAUUGUAGAUGCUCAGAUCGUACCAUAGGUUUAUAUUCAAUAAACAUUUGAGUAGAGCAGUCGCAGCUUGUAGUGUCCAUGUUUUGAACAUACUGAAAGACAUUUGACAUCACCAGCAUUCAGGGUGAUUCAUCAUUAAGAUACGGUAAAAGAGUUCUUGGCCAGGAUGGUGUAACUUAAUAUAUGCAUAUUAUUUUAAAUCAGUUAAUUACUUAAUGCACAAGACUGUCAUUUUACAGCGUAGCUAAAUAGAUGGAAAAAUGAGUGCCUAUAAUCAUCUAAAAUAUAGGGGAAAAAACUUCAGCUUGUGUUGGAAGCAUAAUACAGCCAGAUAUGCAAACCACGCAAUUAAUCUAAUUUUUAACUGAGGGAGCAAUGAAAGACAUGAGUUCCAUAUAACGCAAGUAUGGCUAAUGUGUUUAUUAUUCUUGAUGUAUAGUUAAAAAAUUACCUUUACUUUUUAGAAAACCCAAGAUCCUAAACCAGUAAUGAUUUUCUCAUAAGGGACUAAUUUUAUUAUUUCUGUUUCCUUCUUUUUUCUUUAACAUCUUGCUAUAUUGUAGAACAGUUAUUUAAUUUUUUGGGUUAAAUUAAUUAAGUAAAAGUUGUAUACAAUGUAUAUGUGUAUAUUUAUACUCUUAACACUGGGCAUUUGCCACAGUAUGUUGCUAAAGAGGAGGAUGUCUAUUUCAGUAUUAUAUCCAUGUUUUUUGCACAGUUGGAUUCAGUUCUUUUAGUUUACUGCAGGAGUUAAGUACCUCGGGAUAUAUUUAAAGUGUACAUGAAUGUAAAAUGCAGCCUUCUAAAAUUGUCUGAUUAAAUACAUCAGCUUUCACAUUUUUGAAAGUUGCACAAAAGUCGUACAGCACACGUGUAAUGUCAGACUGAAAUGAAACUGCCCAUAGGAAUUUACUAUAUUUAACAAGUACCAAAAAAUGAAAGAUUUUAUUAACAAAAUUGUAAGAGGUCAUUUAAUGUACAAAUAAUAAAAUCAUUUUUAAUUCUAAAUAUUUUUAAUGUGGGAGAUUUGGAAUGUUGUACACUGUUUAAUUAUUCUGCUGGUUGAGUUUGAUUGAGAAUCUCAGUUCAAAUAAGUGAGUUUUUUCCCAAGAAUAUUUACAUCUAUACUUAAAUUCUUUAUUUUUUUUACUCUGUUCAAAUGUAUAUUUGUGUGCAUGUAUGCAUUUGCUGAAAGAGAUUAUUGUGUUAAUCUAAAUUUUAAGCACUGGGUAAUUUUUUUGUUAAAACGGAAUUUUUGUUUUUUUUGUAUUUAAGGACUUUUUACCCCUGACAACGUAAAAAGAUUAAAAAUCUUACUACUGGAUGAAUGUAAUCAAGUUGAUUACAUUUAUAUAAAAUAUGUAUGUUAUGGAUUCCAAAAGUAGAUUGUAGAGUAAUCUGGGAUUAUAAUUUGGACAGUACAUCUGAAUCAUUAAUAAACUAAUUUUUUUUUUUUUUUGUGCAAUUUUGAAUUUGAAAUGUAUAGAAUAUUCCAAAUGUACGGAAGAAUUUAAACAUUAUGAUGUUAUUUCAAGUAUAAAUUGUUUGUAUGCCCUUACUACAUAAUUAGGCCUAGAUUUUCAUUCUCCAGAAUAUCUAAUAUGCUAAUGCUGAAAUUUCUAGAACAGGCUAUGUGGGUUUUCCUUUUGUGAAUGUGUAGUACCAGAAUACUCUGGAUUAAGCAAUGAGGACUGCACAGUCGAUUUCUGAAAGGUAAUUUUCUUGUGACAAAAUGCUUUCAUGGUUACAGUUCUGGUGUAGUUCAAACAAGUGAAGAUAUUUACAUUUUUCUGUUUUAAUCAAAGAUGAUUUAUCAUUUCUUAAAAAGUUGUGUGUCUUAUGAGCCAGCUGAGAGCGUAAGCAUUAAAAAAAUGAGUUCUUCACAUCACUUUCAUUCUUAAUACAUAAUAAAAUGUGGCUCAGUUUAGAAUAUGAGUCUUAUAGGUUUCGAAAAUAGGACGUGACACACAUGUCUAUGUCUUGCGUCCUGUUACUCACACACAUGGGCCUUAACGUUACUUAUGCAGCAGAUGUCGUUCAUUGUGUUUAACUGGCUGAGGAGCCAGGUGCUCUAGUCAUGCUGCUUAAAUUGACUAAAACGCAAUAAUGUGUUCAAAUAAUCAAUACCCAAGCACCUUCUUCAAUUUUGGAUAGGUCACAGUAUGCACCACUAUACAGUGUGUAAAAUUAUUUUUGACUUGAAGUAAUUGAUAUAGUUUUUAGAAAGUACUGCUUUCACUCAUGUUGAAUGGUAAAAAGAAUAAUUAAUAAUUUUGUGACUUCUCUGAUUUUACAGACAGACAACACUGGUAAAAAGAGUAAAACAUUUACUUAUUCUUUAUCUACAUUCCGGAUAAAAUCCAAAAAAUGUUGACUGGACCAUCACUUGAAUAAGUGGAAACCAUUGUCUAUUUGAACCAGUAUGUGCAAAGUUUCUGUCUGAAGAGAAUUAAAUGAAAGUGCGUAGUCUAAUAUAAUUUCUGGAGAUAUAUAUAUUUUUAGCACCCUCAUUAAAAUUUCUGAUUUUCAAAGAUAUAUUAUUUUGUAUGUCCUGAAUCCAUUAUUUUUAAAUCAGUCAACCACAUAUUUCUAUUUUCUUAUUGAUGUUUUUUUUUUAAUAAUCUCUUUCCAUUGUGAUUUUACAAUUAUAUUGUAAUAAAUCCUCAACAUUUUGGCCGCUCAAGAACUUUUAUUAUUUAAAAAAAGAAAAACAUACACAACAAAAAAGGCUUGAGCACUUGUACAUCUGAAAGUCUGUUUGAAGUUCUAACUAAAGUGAAUAACUAUUACAGCAAUAUUCAUUCAUGAACCUGAAAAUGGACAGCUUUUUAGAAUCCCUUUGCUCAGGAAGUCUGAUAUUUAUUUAAAAAAAAAAAAAGAAAUUGAAUUUAAUUUCCUACACAAAGGAGAAUAAUUUAUAAACAUCCACUAAAAAUUCUUAUUUGGAGGGUUGAGUUUUCUAAAAAUUUGUGGUUAUAGACGCAGGAUACUCUUAACACGUGACAAAUAAAUUAUGCAAUUUUUUAAUUUUUUUUUAAACAAAAAAAAAUAAAGUCUGGUCUAUUUCAUUAAUGACUGUCACACUUGUGAAAAUAUGCCCUUUUUUGUGAUUGGUGUGUAUGUUUUUUUUUUUUUUUAAGUAAAAGUUGUGUAACUCUUCUGUCUGUAAGGCAAAUGUUUAAUUCGAGCUGUCAGUAUUAGGAAUCUCAAGCCUUGUCUGUUUGGCAUCAAGCGCCUUGAUGAAAACGUUAACCCACUGAAUCCCUGAAGCGGCACAGAGACUAGUGAGAGUGUUUUGAGUGUGUGAUGAACAAAAUGGAUGUGUGACGACUGCAUUGCUUGAAAACCUCAUAUCGUCCAAUCAUUAUGAUCACCCUGUCUUAAGUAUGGUCAAUCAAAGAAGUAAGUUGUAGCACAAUGUAGAAAAAUGGUCAAAGAAAAUGUUACCUAAUUGAUAUUAAAGGUUUUCUCCCCUUUAAAAAAAAUGCAUGUAAUAUGAGGUGUCAUGUUUUGUAUGUGAAAAGGAAAGAAACUGACUUCUGCACAAUGUUUAAAGAAAACUUUGUCUACAGACUUACUGUAUACUAUUUUGUUUUCAGCACUUUUAUAAUUAACAUUUGUAUAAUAUCUUUUUUCCUGAGCAAUGUAUCUUUGUAUAUACAGUUUGAAGUAUUACCUAUGCAGGCUCUUUUGUCAUGCAGUUUUUAGAGCUCCCAUCUUGCUGCUAUGGGGGGGGGAGUGUGAUUGGAAACAAAAUAAAGAC